AUGGUGUUUGUAGAGGUACCACCAACAGAAUGGACAAUAAAAAAAAUUGGGCUUAUUAAUGCAUUAACAGUAACUAUAAACAAAAUAAAUGAACUGAAAAUGAUCGAAACAUUUUUGGAGCCAUUGAUAAUAAAAAAUAAAUUUGAAAUUCGAUUAUGUUGUUGCUUCUAUGAACAAUGUAUUUGCCCAUACUUUACCCAUUUGGAUGUUUUUAGUCCUAGAGUAGAAGUUAAAUUUUCAGAAAAACACUUGAAAUUAUUAUUAGAUAUAAUUUUUGUUAUUCAAAAUUAUUCAUCAGAAAAUAACAAGCUUAAUAAUGCUGAAGAACUGGAUAAAAAAAACUCAACAGAUUCAGAGAAUAAAUCAAAUGAUAACUGGGUUGGUAGGAUAAAAAAAUGGAUAUACAAUUAUAAUGAUGUAAUAAUUGACCAUAAUACGUUGAAAAUUGGAUUUUACGUUAAAAAAGUUGUUGUUAUACCAAAUAUUGAACGAGAUAAACUUGAAAAACCAAGUGAUCUAGUAAAAAUAACUUAUGAUGGUCUGACUUUUAAAGUUAUUAAGCUGAUUAAACAAAAUUCAUUGAAGGUGUUUUUUAAAAUAAAUAAAAGUUCCAUAGUCUCAGAUGGCAAUUGUACAUGUACCCUUCAAGAUUGCUACAAUUUUAAAAGAACCAUAUUUGAAUCAUUCUUAAAUACAUUGGAAGUUAUUAUAAUAUUUGUUGACAUGGCAAGUAUAGCUUUGUAUUUUCCAAAAAAAACUAUAUUAAAUACGAAUAAUUUAAUAUGCAACAACUUCAACAUGGAUGAUUGGAUUCAGUCAAAUAUAAGUGUUGAUUUAGAUAUUUUAACAAUUAGAGUAAAAGAAAUCACGAUAAAAAGUGGAAUGAAUUGUGAAAAUAUUACAGACUACUUUAAAAGUUAUCCAGCUUCAAUAGCUAAUACAGAAAACUUAAAAGAUUUAAAGUUUAUUCCGUGGAUUUUGAAAAUAAACAACUUUGAAUGUUUUGUAAAAAAUUAUAAAACUAAUUUAUUAAAUCCAACAAUUAAAUUAUCAAUACUUGAUCCAUUUAAUAUAUCAUGUAAUUUAAACGUACAAGAAAAAGAUGAUAUUGUUUUGUUGAAACCUUCUAUUGUUAAAGUAUUAUGUAACUUAGAUCCAAUACAUAUUCUUAUAACAACACAAAAUGUUAGUCUUAUUUGCGAUCUACUUGUUCAAUGUACACAUGUAUACUUAACAGUAUUUUCCAAUAUUCAGUAUCAUUUAAUUGUAUCUAAAUUGGUAUGUGGCUAUUAUGCAAAUAUUUUAGAAAAAAAAUCCUCUAUACAAAUCGAAGACGAUGUCAAAAUAAAAAAGGAUUACACUAGUAUCUUUGUUUUAACAUUGCAGAGUUUUUCAAUAACAAUAUGGAAUAAUAGUUCACAUCAUCCUUAUUUUAAUACCAAAAUACUUUUAACAUGUGAAAAAAUAAAGUUAUCUUGCUCGUUAAAUAAUAGAAACAAUUUUCAAAAAUUAUUGUUUAAAAUAACAUCAAUAUCAAUUAAUCACUUUAAAAAAUAAAUGUUAUAAAUGAAAUAACUAUACAGUUAUCUACAGAACAGCUUUCAAUUUUACUGGCAUUAUAUUCUCAAAUUAAUAAUUAUAUAAUAAAGAAUCGAAUACCAUUUUAUCAAAAUUCAAAUUUUUUGUUAGAUUAUUUUAAGACUGAAGAUUUUAUUUCAUCAUUAAAUCACGGUAACCAAUCAAAAAAUACUCGUCUUGAUAUCAUUUUAACAGGGAACGACAUAACUAUAUAUUUAUUUGACAUUGAAUAUUCAAAGUACAAAAAUAAACAAAAAUUCAAAAAUAUGCUAUAUUGUAAAAUACAUCAACCAAAUUUUGCAGUCAUGAAUACAAAACAAUAUAAAUAUUUUGAAAUAAUAAUCUCAAAUAUAGUUAUAGCUACCACUCCUAAUGAGUUAACUAUUGAAAAUAAGCCUAUAAAUCCUGAA